CAGCAGUGAUCAGAGUCUCUCUACGGAGACCUCCACAGCACAGAGAUCCAGCCAUGGCAGCUACAGUCUCUCCAGUAAUGACUAAUUCUCAGGAUCAUGUGACUCUGAAUCAUAAGCUCAGGAAGCCUCUGGUGGAGAAGAUCCGCAAAGAGAGAAUCAACAGCAGUAUUGAACAGCUCAAGUCUCUUCUAGGUUCUGAGCCACUCAAACAGCAGCCAGACUCCAAACUGGAGAAGCCAGACGUCCUGGAGAUGACUGUUUGCUUCUUGAGAAGACUGCAGCAGCAGCGUCAAACCGCAGAAUCAGGAGUUCUUGAACAGGGCUAUUGCAGUUGUGCCCAAGAGAUGGUCAACUUCCUGUCAAAGGUGGAGGUGAAGACUCAGUCCCAGAGAAACCUGCUGAACCACAUCAACCAGCUGCACACUUCCUCUGAUAAAACCCUGAGUGAGGCUGACUUCUCUCCUCUGAGCUACACAGUCCAGACCAGCAUCACCAAAGACAACACACUCACCAGCUCCCUCUGGAGGCUGUGGUAGAAACCUACAGACUGGAAUCAAUACUAAAUCAUCUACACUGAUCAUAUUGGUCAACGAUUGCAGGGAAAGAAAAUUCAAAGACUUGUUCUUCUGUAUGUACAGAAGGUUUUUCUUUGUUUUGUUCUUCAUGGAAGAUGAUAUUUCCUGAGGAAAUGACACCAACAACAUCUUUCAAGUCAAGAGAGAAAGCCUCUUGUCAUACCACAGAGAUGUUUGGAGACCACGUUGGUCAAAGAUUUAAGGAACUUUUUCUUCUGUAUGUACAGAAGGUGUUUGUAAAACCAGGCAUAAUUCACAUGUUCAUGUAACAAAUAUUUCCUAUGGAAAGAAUGAAACAAGCUCCUCUUUCAUGUUAAGAAAGAACAUUUGACAUUCUUGUUCCAAUUUGCUUUUACUGCUGAUAUUUAGUAGCAGUGUAUGUAAAAAUGUGCAUCACAUUGUGGUGACUUGUGCUGAAAUGAAGUUUAUUACUUCUUGAAUUUUAUCAUGUUGAUAACACACGAUUGCUCAAAUGUUACUGAGAUGUUUCUUCUAAACUAAUUUUAAUCUUUGUGAUUAUUCUGCAUUGUUCUGUUAUCAGAGCCAGAUUUAUUUUUGUCCUUUGUUUAAGAGGAUUAUAUACCUGACACUGUAAAGUCAGUGGAUUUGGUUCAUCUACUCAUAUCACUUUGUGAUUGUUUUAAUGUGAUUCGUUGUAGAAUCCCUUUGUUCUUUGCCUUUGUUAUAAAGUGCAGUUUGUGCUUAUUCCAAAGUGUAUUUUAUGAAAAUGUGACAUCAAGAUUCAUGUCAUAAUGUUUGUGUCUUUUGUAAAGAUGAUUGGUCCCCCACUCAUUUUGAGUGCAGUGUCUUGGUGAUGUUACCAAGUUAUUGUUGUGAUGCAUCAUCAUUUAUCUCACUCUCAUAUAUAAACUUGACGCUCUGUUUAUCUUAAUAAACAACCACUGAAAGGACA